GGUCUCUUGGUCUCCGUCUCAGAAGACUUGAACACACAUAGUCUCCCUCUGCACUCGGAUCACACAGAGAAGCAAGGAAGAAUGUCAGGCGUCACGAACCAGGAGGAGGACAAGAAGCCCACCGAUCAGUCCGCCCACAUCAACCUCAAAGUCAAGGGCCAGGAUGGGAAUGAAGUGUUUUUCAGGAUCAAGAGAAGUACCCAACUGAAGAAGCUUAUGAACGCUUACUGCGACAGACAGUCGGUGGAAUUCAACUCUAUUGCAUUCCUGUUUGAUGGCCGUCGUCUGAGAGCCGAGCAGACCCCUGAUGAGUUGGAAAUGGAAGAUGGGGAUGAAAUAGAUGCAAUGCUGCAUCAAACUGGAGGUUCUUUUGCCUAAUCAAUGAAUAUAGAAGGUUGUUUUCCUAGUAGGAGCUAAGUAUAUGUAGACUUUAAGCUAUCGCGAAGGCUGAUGUUUGAACUUUUAGUAUCUAUCAACACUAGUAGUCGUAUUUAAGCUUUAUUGCUAGAUGUUUGUCAAUACCUGGCAAUUGUGUGUGUAAUGAGUAUGGUGGUAUGGUUUCAAAGUAUAUGAGGUAUGGCUUCUGCUUUACA